AUGAAAAAGGAACUGAAAGGAAAAAAACCAAAGGGCAAUGUUAACAGUAGUGCUGCAAGUAGCAAUUUUAAUGAGGAAAAUAGAAAAAUUAAAAAAAAAAAAAACAUUUACUUCAACAGCGGAAAGGGUCUGUUUCCAAGUCCGACCUACGGGGGUAUCUUAAACACAGGUACAAACAUAAAUGCGAAUGUAAAUUUAAAUAUAAAUAACCUAAAUUUUGGCCCCGUCCAAGGAGGCGAAAGAGAGGCACUUCAACAGAACCUAAGAAUUGACCCCAGAGCGAUAGGGGGAAGCGGACCCGUACAGGGAUUUCUCCAAGGGGCAAUAAUAAACAACGCUGCAAAUAAAAAUAGAAAAGGAAUUUUACAAAAUGUGAAUACUUCACCGAGGGGUAACAACAAAGAUGGUAACUAUUUCGGGACAAAUGUGGACGGAGGGAUGAACUCUUUCCAUGUGAAAAAUAAAAAAUUAAACAAGGAUGGAAGUAGCGGCCUAGGGAUGAAUAAGAAUCUUUACAGAGGUGUGGGAAAUGCCAAUGAAGUAAACACUGGAAGGGUGGAUAACCAGCCCGCCUUUAAGGGGGGGGACGCCGUUUCACUGGGUGGAGCAGCGGCAGGAGGAGUAAGUAGCGGCUUGAUCACAAGUGGAAGCACAUUCGAAAAUGCAGGCGGAACGAAUAACAGGAAGGUAGGCCAUAUUAGAGGAAACAUCAGGGGUGGAAGUAAUGCCCCCCAAAGGAAUUGCUACCCAUUUAAUAGCGGUCACUACGUUGGGAAAUCACCCAACAAGCUGAACUUGGCCUACACACAUAAGAUUUACAAAAGUAGAACCAAUAUUUAUGGAAAAAAAAUUUUUAAAAAUAACAAAAUUGUCAAUAAUAAUAUGACUGGUCAGGUAAAAAAAAACGAGUUUAAUUCUGUCGAUAAUUAUAACAUCAAUUUUGUUAACAACGUGGGAAGUAAACCCUUGUUAAAUGUUGAUGACUCUGGGAAGGGAGAUCAUUGGGAUGAUACCUAUUUUGAUUUUUCAGCAAAUGGGAUGAAUACAGAUGAGGGCGGUAGGGAUGAUUCGGGUACCUUCUUCGAUGUGGGUACCAGUGUGCAUAGUGGCGUUUUGGACACUUCCACCUGUACAGGUCAGCAGGGGGUUUACUCUCAGUACGGCGAUGCAGCUAAGGGUACCGGUCACGAAGUUAGCGAAUGCGGUAAUUGCGGUAGAUGCGAGAGUUGCACUGGUUUUGGUCUGUAUGGCAAUGUGAGGACGAACGACAUUUCAGGCAAGGAGAAGCACGAUCUGGGAGAACCUAACUUCCCUGGUUCAAAAGUAGAACCGAUAGAUAAGGAGCGGGUGGAUGAAAUGGACGAGCAGAUGCUGAACGAGCAAAAGAAAAAAGAGAAAGAAGCAUUUGCGCAAAGUUAUUUAGAGAAAAUAAUAAAACUUCUGUCUGAGAAGGUAAAACGUAUGCUAACUGUCACAGAUAAGGAGUGCAUCCAUUUGGUGAGAUCCAUUGUAGAGCUUCUACAGUGUGUAAAGAAGAUAAUAAAUUUUUCUGAGCAGUACCACUUCCACUACAGUAUAUUCGGCAUCGUAUUAAAUAUCUAUGCGAACGUAUGUGUGAAGAUGUUUGCACAGAAUGAUAUUUUAAAAGUAGCCAAUUUGAAGUGCCUGGUGUGUUUGUUCGAAAUUUUGAUUAUGCUAAGAAGAGACUGUUUCAAUCUUUCUUACGUUUUUUUUUUAUUUGUAAAUUAUUUGAAAAGCAACAUAGAUGGGCUUGAUAUACUGUCGAAGAAGAACUUAAAAUAUAACACCAGGGUUGUGAAUAAUGACGAGAAGAUAUUUUUAAAAAUGGUAAACUCGUUUGUAACUCUGUUUUCGCUUUGUGCUGAAAGUGAGAGUAGCAUGGUCCGGGUGGAGUCUCUCAAGUCAUUUUUCUGUGUGUUGGAAAUAUUGAAGGGGAAGAACGUAGGAAAUGACACUGGCAACAGCGAUAUUGGCAAGACGAAGGAUAACCCACCUGGGCAGCGUGAACCGAGUGAUGAGACCUCCUCGGUGGUGUUUGCCCCGUUCAGCAGAGCACUAAUUAUGGGAUGCCUGGUUGGUAAGAAGGGGACCAUGUUCAGGGGACACACCACAGGAAAAAUGAUAAACCUGCAGAAGUAUUACUUGAGUUUUUUUAAAAGCAACUACAUGUGUUCAGAGGUGUACACGCAGGAAGGUGGUCAAGCAGGGAGGAGAGCCUUCUCCAAUAGGGAAAGUGAUCAACAGGGGGGUGCCACCCAACUUAGUUGGGUUAAUAAAUAUAUGGGGUCCAAAAAAGAAAGGGCCAAUUUGUAUAAAGGCAAUGUGAGCAGCAUGCCAAAUCAACAGUGGCAAAAAAAUAAUUGGCAAGAAAAUGCAAACUUCACAAAUGACCAAAUUGGAAUGAAAACAAAUGUAGGGGAAAAGGAGUACAGAACAAAAAGCUCCAUUUUGUUAAUAAACUUUGAAACCAUUUUUAAUAGCGAUCCCAGUAAUGGUUGGUUGACGAACAAAAUAGACGACGAGGAUGAACAACACAUUUUGCUUUUCAUUCUGAGGAUUUUCAAUUUGUUUGUCGAUAUGUAUCAGGAUAAAGAGAUAAGUGACAUAAUACAAAAAAACAUUGUGUUUUUUUUAAACCACAUAGAUGUGCACAUAUUUAGUUACGUAACCUAUUUGGUUAGCAAAAUUUCUCACAUAAUUCCGAUAAAUAAAAGUUUUUUUAAUAAAUAUAUAUCUGUCCUUUUGAAGAAUUUAAACAAGGAAAGGCGCAAGUUCAUAUUCCUCAUGUUAUCCUACAGUGAAUACGAAAAGAAUGGGUUGUAUGUUGUGUUGAAUUUACUGAGCAAUUUGUGCAUUUAUAAUUUCCACUAUAAGACGAAUACCCACUUGAUGGACUUUGACAGUAUUUCCGAAGAUUCUUUGAGGAGAAAUUUGGGGGAGGAAAACGACUGCGGGGGGGGUGCAGGUAAUAAUAUGACAGAUGAGUACAACCCGCAUCCGUCUCUUAACCCAACGGAGGAGGACUCCUUUGGGGAAGUGAAAGACUACAGUAAUGUGAACGAGCAUGAGGUGUACCUUGUGGACCACAUGAUACAUAACAAUGAAGAAUGGUGUUCUGUUUACGCCGUUUUGAUUGUUCUCUCAUUUAAGUACCCUGGUUUGAUGUUUUCUUUCUUUUUUAACAAAUUUGGAAAAAGUUUCGUACAGAAUAACGACAAUUGUUUACCUCAUUUUAAUUUGUUCGACUGGUCCCACAGAUUUGGGUACUACAUAUCGAGUGGCGUUUUGAAUGCCAUUUUGAGUGUCGUUUUGAAUGCGCCUUUGGAGGGGCAAACCCAAGUUAAUGCCAGCAUGUUCAACAUGAUAAUAAGUGGUGUUGAUGGUGGUGGUGCUGCUGCUGAGGAGGAGGAGGACUAUGGGGGAAGUCUCACGAGUGAAUAUUCGGGCGAGAAGGAUGGGGCAGUGUUAAGAGAUAACAGGAGGGGUGAAUCAAACGAAACGACAAAAAUUAGCAAUACCACCAUGCAGGUGAACCAGGUGGAUACGCAUUUAAGAGCGGGUAGGAAGCAGAGCCUCCUUUGCAAGGAAGAGGUGGCACUGGAAUUGCUAACCCAUCAGAUGUAUGCCUUUUUAGAGUACCCGCACUGUGUCCAACCAAGCAUAUGCGAUCGAGAAUGGAAUUUCUGUUAUGUGUACAUAUCGAGCAUCCUUAACCUUUUUUUUAACAAGAACGUUUCCUUUUUUGGAGAAAAUUGUUUUUUUUUUAAAAAGAAUAUAUGGCACUUAUUGCACGACCGAUCGAAUUUGAAGACGCACCAUUUUUUGGAAUUUUUAGAAAUGUUCAAGGAUUCGAAUUUUAACUACGUCAGCGAGAGUAGCGAAUUGGUGGGGAUGCUGAACUGUGUGAUUGACCCUUCGGAGGAGGGAAACAAAUUUGGGGAAAAACGUGAUGUAAGUGAGAAAUUAGAAGAGGAAAUCUCCAUAGGAAGAGAAUUAAUGGCGAAAUGGAGACAAAUGAAGAACAAUAAGGAGGUGGUUCCGUGUUGUGAUAACACAAAGGAUGACCCUGACGGAGACUUAAUACAUUUCAAACAAGCCUACAUGAAAUACUCCCGCUGUGUAUCCGACAUGGUAGAGGAUCACAUGGCUAGUAAUUUUUUUUUUCAAAUUAUGGUGAGGGAUUCUUACGCGCCAAAUGAUCCGCCCAUUGGAAGGUAUGAGAAGUAUUUGCGACAAAUUAGCGUUGAAUUGAUUGCGGGUCGGUUGAUACAGAAGGAGAAGACGGAGUUCACCCAUUUGUGCUGCUUCCAAAGGGGGGACACUUUAUUGAGUGAUCUCUUUGGGGGGGAAGAUUCGCUUGUAGAAACGGGGAGCACAUUUUUGGACGUGCCAUUUUCUCAUCAGGGUGUAACCAACCAGGGGGACAAUUCAAACAGCAGCGUAGGGAAGGAAAGACGAUGCAGUUUGUCGCAACAGACUGCAGGUGGUAGCCCCGCUAGAAAGGAUACAACUAUUGAUUUGGCCAACACGAUGGAGGAAGAACGUAAUGUUCUCGAUGCGAUUAUUAAGAGGAAUGUAAAAAUGGAGGAGCAGCAUAGGAAAGGCAUUGUCCAUUUGGAGGGCAGACUACAUUGGUCCAUUGAAGAAGGGAAUGAUCAGGACAUUAAACAGGUUCACAAUUUUAGAGCGUCUCAAAAUAAUUGCGGCGAAGACAAAGGAGGAAAAAAAAUUCAGCCAUACAGUGUGCAUAGCCACGUUGUAAAAUUGUUUGGAAUCGAUACGGAAGGAGGUAAUGCAAUGGAGCGAAGGGUAGCCGAGGGAAGGCACAUUCUACAAAGACGAAAUUUUGAAGAGUUUAAAUUUUUGAAAGCGAAAAUAAAAAUUUUGCAUGAUCAGAAGAAUGGAAUUCCAAGGCGGGAAGAAAUUAUGAAUUUUGAAAAGAAAUUUCCGGAGUAUUUUUACCAUAAAAAGGUUAUCAAUAUAAAUCAUAAAAUAAACAAAAAGUUGGUUAAAAUUUAUUACCUGUUCAGUGCGAAUUAUUUUUACACAAGAAAUAUAUCACAGAUAAUUCACACCAUCGUAAGUAAAAUCUACGAGGAGAAUACUUUUCUGUUUAACGCGCUGAAAGACUGCUUUUGCAGUUUUUCUGCAAAUGGUAAAAAUGUAUGGAAGAAUUCUGACGUUAAGGAAAAGAAUUUUUUUUACAAUUUUGUGUUUAAGGCGAAAGAAGGGAAGCACAUCAAAGCUGUCAAUUCGAUGGAGCAAUUUAAUCAUGUGUUAGUUGGGGUGGAUCAACUGCUAAACGGAAAGGACAACAAGAAUGGGAGUAACACAUAUUCAGUAAACGUUUUAAUAAACAAGAUAUUAAAAAUUAUUUUAAAACAUUUGAAGAAUACAAAUUUUAUAAAUUAUAACAAGUGUUUGAAUUUUCCUUUUCUCUUUUUGUCCUUUUUUGACGUAAAAAUUAAGUUAUCCUUCGAAAUGGAAUCCUUUCCAUUUUUGGAAGAGCUCGAUCAAGGGAAUUUUAAAAAUAUCCUCCUAAAUUUGCCUUACCAUAUUAGGUACUUUUUUGGCAGCUUAUUUUUGUGUAUAGAGUAUGAGGAUAUUUUCCAUGUGAAUGAGGAGAAAUGCCAAGGGGGGGAUACUCCCCAUCCGCCCAGCAGUAGCCAAUGCCGAAGCAGGCGGCACCGGAAUAACAUAACAACAUACAAUUUUAUGGUCGAAAAUGUUAUCGCGGAAGAUUAUUCUCUGAAGCAUUUAAAAAAUAUGAACAAGACAAAUAAGAAGGACACAAAAAAUUCUCUCUUCGCAAAGCGAAAAAAAGCAAAGGUGGAAAUCCAAAAUGUGAAGAAUACCUCCGACUAUGAAUUGGAGGACAAAUAUUUGAAUGUGCACAAUGCUAACAUAGGGAAAGAAAAAGAGGAAAAGAUAAAAAGGCCAAGCGGUCCAUUCAAAAAAAUAAACAAAUUGAAUUAUCACAAAAUAGACGUUAGCGAAUGGAACGUAAAAAGUUUCCGAUGUGCAGGUAACAGCCCGGAUAGUUACACAACACCAUGUAGAAGUACCAUAAUUGUUGAAUUUAAAAAAACAGUUCAAAUGAAUUUUGAUUGCUCUUCCACUUUGCCCGUUAAGUGCAAAGUAAACUUUUGCUAUUACCACUUGGAGGACGACGCGUUUUGUUUUUUCCCUCUAGCCAGGACGAAGCAUAUUUACGUGCAUCCAUCGCAGUGA